UCCGCAACGGGCAUCGAAACAAUAUGAAUCAUGCAUCUGGACUCUAUAUUUGACAAUAUUUGUGCUGUCCGCGUUGUUUGUCAAGAAUGAUUUGGGGUCGUGAAUCGGAUGAUUGAUAGACAGCUCGGAACAAGUCCCGAUCGGAAGCACAGACCCUCCAGGUAUGGAACAAGUGGGCAACAGAAUCAAGAAUAAUUGUCCUUUGUGAUGAGCUGAUUCAUCUCUUGUGUCUGACGAUACAUGUAAUGACAAGAAAUUACAUACCUGUAAUGCAAGUAAAAAUUGUCUAGAAGAUCAAGACGGCCUAACAGCUCAUGAACUUUACAGAUAUGUGUGUCCCAUCUAUUCGCUCCCGUGAGAGCACGGACUCUCUGGGAGUGUUGACCCCGUCCGAACCACAGCUUUCGCACUCUGUACAAUGAUUCCACUCGCUUCCCGGACGUCCUCCGCUAUUCCGUCGAUACGACCAUUAGUUUGCCGAUCCUGUUCGAGCUGUACGAGAUGGCAAGUAUCAAAGUCAUGGGCGUCCCCUGUGCGUAGUAAUGCCUCUCGGCCUUUGCACACCACUGCUCAAUCCAUAAGUGACAAUGCUCCAUUCCGCAAAGUUCUGAAAGAAGCAGCAAAGAAAAUCAAAAAAGAGAAAAGGGAAGCCCCAGAGGUAUCGAGAAAGCAUGGUCAGAUGAAAAAUUCUCGUGUGGACGAUUGGGAACUCACAGUCGGCAUCGAAAUCCAUGCAGAACUCAACACAGCACAGAAACUUUUUUCUGGUGCUGCAACGUCGACGAACCAACCACCUAAUACACAUGUUGCUCUGUUUGAUGUGGCAUUUCCCGGCAGCCAGCCAAUCUUUCAGAAACCAACACUUAUUCCUGCACUACGCGCUGCUUUGGCUCUGAAUUGCGAUAUCCAAUAUAAGAGCAGUUUUGACCGGAAGCAUUACUUUUAUCAGGAUCAACCAACCGGGUAUCAAAUUACGCAAUUUUAUGAACCUUUUGCGAAAGCCGGAUACAUCACCCUCUACCCUCAUGAUUUCCCAUCUGGAAGCCCGCCUUUGAGUGGACCGAUCACUAUAGGCAUCAAGCAGGUUCAGAUGGAACAAGAUACUGCCAAAACUGUACAGCAACCGCCGUCCACCCACCUAUUGGAUUUCAACCGUGUCUCGCAUCCGCUUAUUGAAAUCAUUACUCUGCCUCAAAUCCAUGACCCCACGACAGCAGCAGUGUGCGUGCGAAAGAUACAGGCGGUACUCAAGACGGUAAAUGCUGUUACAGCGGGUAUGGAGAUGGGCGGUCUCCGUGCGGAUGUCAACGUUUCAGUUCGCUCACGCAAUGGAUUGCCUACCAAUGAUCAACAAUCGUAUUCCGGCAUUACAGGUCUGGGACAGCGGACGGAAAUCAAGAAUCUUUCCAGUCUCAAGGCUGUAGAGGAUGCCAUUAUAGCAGAACGUGAUCGACAGAUUGAGUUGCUGGAAAGUGGUGGCGUAGUGGAGGGCGAGACACGGGGAUGGACGCUUGGGAGCAAGUCCACAAAACGACUGCGUGGUAAAGAGGGUGAAAUCGACUACCGAUAUAUGCCGGACCCUGACAUACCCCCGAUAUAUAUCGACCCGGACCUCGUCGACCACAUUCGUCAGACAUUGCCAGAACUCUCUGAUGAAAGCAUACAUAAGUUGGUCGACAGCCAAUACAACCUUACCGCCAAAGAUGCCAGCACACUUCUCACGCUGAGCGACGGUGAUCGUCUGGAUUACUACUACGAAGUCGUAGAGCAACUACGCACCAUCUUCGUCAACGAGCCCGCCAUCCACGCGCGCAUCGGUAAAACGGCUGGCAAUUGGGUCCUAAUGGAACUAGGCGGCCUCCUAAAAAACGAAGAAUGGUCCUCAACAAUCGUAACCCCACAAGACCUCGCUUCGAUAAUCUCCCACGUCCUGCGUAACCAGAUCACAGGCCGGACCGCAAAAAUGCUCCUGGCUAUGAAAUUCGAAGGCGACCAACGGCCCAUUGAGCAAAUCGUCUCGGACGAGAACAUGCUGUUGCGGCCUCUUUCUCGUCACGAGUACGAAGAGCUUGCCAGGACGUUGUUGGAAGAGAAGGCAGAUAUGGUCCGAGACAUUGUGGAGAAGAAACAGGUCAAGAAGCUGAAGUGGUUUGUUGGGCAGAUGAUGGCCAGGAGUGCGGAGGGGACUGUUGAGCCUGAUAAGGCUGAGGAGGUUCUGAGGAUGAUGUUGAAACUGUCUGAUUAG